AUGACCUCAUUGGAUAUCAUGCUCUGGAAUGUACAGGGCUCUUCCAGAGCAGACACAGCAUCAUCGGUGUUUGAUCACCUGACGCUGCACGGCCCUACCCUUGCUCUCCUCACGGAGACGAACGGCGACGACGGAGAAGUCGUCGCCCUCACCGGCCGUACCAAACAGGGCG